AAGAAUCUUAUAUAGAACAAUCACAUCCCAUUCUUACUAUGGAUUACCUCCCUUUGAUCAUAUACAAAAUGUUGUUGUUUUUUUUUCAGACAAAAGAAUUAUUGAGGAAAGUUUACCAAUUCUUUGUGGGAGAGAAGGAGAAAAAUAAACCAUGGGCACUUCAAAAUCCCAUUAAAAGACUAGUAAAGGCAACAGGGAUUAAACCAACAACACUGCGACGUUAUGUCCAUACAGAUGCCAGUGAUGAUGCUGUGCAGGAUGUGGUGAAGGCAGUUCAUAAGGCUGCUGUCCAGAAAACUGUCAAGAAGAACCAGAAGUUGGAUGAUUUCGACAAAGGUGUGGUGAGAAGGACCAUCUAUGAUCUGCACAAGAAAUCCCAGUCAGUGACCAUGCCAAGUCUGCAGCAAGCUCUGAAAAAGAAAGACAUCGACGUUUCCAUAUCAACAGUGUCGAGAACAGUGCGUUUACUGGGGUUUCGGUUCUACAAGAAUGCGUCAAGCCGAAGAUUUGUGUCGGAGAGGGAGGACAUCGUUCUCAUGAGAAUGACAUAUCUUCGUAAGAUACAAAGUGUAGGUACAUGUACAUGCAACUAUUUUACUGGCAGUUUCAGAACUGAUACAGCUUUAUACAUGGGAACUGUCUACAUUUCUUUACAGCUCAGGAGGACUUUCUUAACAUACCUUUGUUUAAUCUUCGGUUACUGAUUCUUUGAUAACAGUUUCUGGACAGUUAGUUGAGUGAUUGCUAUUAACCCAUUCUGUAUACAUUAAAUCAACAUCUGUGAUAUAGUUUCAACAUCUGUGAUAUAGUUUCAACAUCUGUGAUAUAGUUUCAACAUCUGUGAUAUAGUUUCAACAUCUGUGAUAUACCCUACUUUCAACAUCUGUGAUAUACCGUAGUUUCAACAUCUGUGAUAUACUGGUUUCAACAUCUGUGAUAUAUAGUUCCAACAACUGUGAUAUAUAUUUAUUCUGAUUGUAAAUAGUUCAUUUAUGUUGAAGAUCUCUAUUUCUAAUUAUGUUUAUAAAAAGUAAUUGAAUUUUAAUGAUUAAUGUUGGUUAAGUUUUUAAUUAUAACUUGUUGUUCAUGUUGUUACUCCAAUAUAAAAAAAAAGGUACAUGUACAUUGUAUCUUAAGUUAUUAAAUCAUAAAUUUUGUUUAAA